UAUUUUCAUUUUCUCUAUUAUUAGGAUGCUCUUAUUUAAGGCCGUGUCAUGGUGGGUGGGGUUGGGGUGGUUUAUGGUCCAGCUGAGUCGUCAGUGUGGGUUUAGUGGUCAGAGCUUUGGUGAACCGAAGAUGAUCUGAAGCAACACAUUUUUUCAGAAGCUCAGAAAAUCACGGACCCAGCAGUUUUAAUCCGGAUUGGUUCAGUCUGGACCUUUGGGGGGCUUUGAUCUAUAUAUCAGCUUAGGUUAGCUGGAAAUAUGAGCUUCGGCUGUGAAAUCCUGUCACUGAUCAUCCUGCUGAACACUGCAGGUUCUCUGGGAGAGACUGUGAGCAUGACCUGCAGGCCUCAGUCGGUCUGUGCUCUGAGGGAAUCAGACGUACAAUUGGAGUGCUCUUACUCAGGCGCCAACAAACCUCAGCAAAGCUUCUGGUUCAGUCCCAAACAAAAAUAUAAAUGGAGGAACUCGGAAGAUCCGGAAGAUUUAAAGUUAGAUCCUGAAUACACUGGACGGGUCAGCAACAGGACAAACAAAUACAGCAGAUACAGCAGCUCCAGCUUCAGUUCAACUCUUACCAUUAAAGACCUGAGAGAGCGAGACUCUGGGAAAUAUUAUCUGAUGCUCAUCAUGGAAACCGGACAGAAAUACUCCAGCACUACAGCGGUCACGCUAACGGUUUCAGACCUGCAGACGAAGAUAGACUCUGAUACCAAAGAGCAGAAGGAACUGAUGCUGAAUUGCAGCACCUCCUGCAAGUUGACCUUUGAACCUAAUAUUUACAACUGGUACACGAAUGGAAGUUCCAAAUACACAGCUAAAAGUCAAAUUUCAGUUUCAUCCGAAAAUCCUGGCAGCUACUCCUGUGCUGUGGAUAAAAUCAUUUCCAGCUCAGUGUGUGUUUUUGAUAAGACCUGUUGGGGUGUGAUCUACUCAGACAGAAAAGUCUGUGUUCUGGAGGGUUCCUCUGUGGACUUUUCUUGCACUUACUCAUAUCCCAGCGAUCUGGCAGUUACUCAGACAUUCUGGUAUUACUUUCUGCCUAAAAAGGAAGAAACAGAUCUAACAAAGGAAGAGAAGUUCGCUGGUCGAGCGGAGUUUCUUGGGGAUAAAGAGAGAAGCUGCACUCUGAGGAUGAGGGAUGUGACAAAGAGCGACUCGGGAGUAUAUUUCUUUCGAUUCUUCACAAAUUCUUCGAAAGGGAGAUAUUUUGGAAAGCCAGGAGUUAUCCUGAAUGUUACAGAUCUUCAGGUGAAAGCGAGUCCCAGCCCUCCAUCAGAAGGACAGGCAGUAAUGCUGACCUGUAGCUCCACCUGCAGUCUUCCCAACAACCCCACCUACAUCUGGUACCGGAACGGAGAGCCUGUAAAUAAUAAACCCACCAGUGAUAACAAGCUCUACCUGGAGUCAGCAAGUCCUGAGGAGGUUCUCCAGUAUUCAUGUGCUUUAGGAGAUCCCAAGAGGAAGGCGAUGCUGAGGCUUGUCACUGUGGGAGUUCCGGUGUUUCUGGCUCUGACACUCAUAGGAUUCCUUCUGAUAUGGAGGAGAGUGUCCAGCUCAGGUAAAGACCACAAGAGUACUGAGAAGAUCAAACAGUGUGACUCUACUGCUGAUGUGUACAGUAAUGUUUCAUCCCUGGUUUUGAAAGAGGUUUCAGACGAUCCGGAUGAUCUACACUACUCCAGCCUUUACUUCAAACACUCCCAGUCUCCGCCCCCAACUUCCUCACCUCCUGUUUUUAUCUCAGAGGAGCAGAGUGUUGAGUAUGCUGCCGUGAACUUCAGCAGACACAUCACUGCCCACCAGGUUAUGGAUGAAGAAACAGAAUUAUCUCAGAUCUACACCCAGACACACAAACACAAACACAAAAACCCAACAUAAACAAACACACUUGCUGCGGAGACUUUCUGAAUCCUGCUCAGAUACUGGGAUGUUUCACUCCCUGCUGGCUGAAGAAUGAUUGAGCUUUAGCAGAUGAUCAGAUGGAGGACCGCCUGAGCCAUAUUGAACCUGCAGAACUGACCCUACAGAAUGGAAAGCAGCUAAUGUUACAUGUGGACUUGCCAAGUCCCUACAAACUCUACUUUUCACCCAGUGAUUAUUAUGAGACUCACCUGCCCUCACCUGGAGUAACCUAUCUGACAAUGUAUUUUGGUUAUUUGAUAUUUGGUUAUUUUGGUUUGGACUGUGAAAUUUCAUUUUGCCUUGACUAUAAAGAUACACACUCCAAUUACACAAACAAUUACACACACAUACGCACAAAGGAUUAUAUUAACCAAAAACUUGCACUAAUAAAAUGCAAAAAGUC